AAGAAAGUUAUGUUAAACAUUUUGGCUGCCGUUCAUGUGAAACUAUAAGACAACAAAGCACUUUCGAAAAUGACUAAAUGACCCGUGAUGGUCCUGUGGUUUUGUGCCGUGACGCUUAGAGGGCUUAGUGUGCAGCUUUACCACAUUGCUGUUCACACUGUACGAGUUGCUGACAAUGACUGCUGACAGGUGGAUUGUCCUUUUAGCCCUGUGCUUUAUUUGUGUGUCUUCAAAUGAAGAGCAGAAUUCCAGUGUUUGUAAGACGCACACACUCAGCGCUCCGCUUGGCUCCUCCGUGCUCCUGCCAUGCAACUUUGCAACAAUUAAACGUGACUGGGUGUCCUGGGCCCACACUCUUAAGGGAGAUCUGGUCCAUAUCAAAUCUGAAGGUCGUAUUAGGUUCCUGGACCACAGGUACGGUCGGGUGAGAGUAUUUCCUAACCAGGGCUCAGAGGGGAACUACUCCAUCUUCAUCGAUGAACUUAACAACUCUGACCUGGGGCGUUAUCGCUGUAAGCAGGGACAUGACUGUCUUCAAGUGGAGUUGGUUGCUGAAAGAGAUGCUCUGAGUGAAGAGAUGACGCUACUGAUUUUCAUCUGUGUUGGCGUGGCUGCUUUCAUCCUGCUGAGCGUUUGUGGCUACUACUGCACCAAGUGCAAAUUGUGCUGCAAUAACAGAAAGCAGGACAAUACGAACAAUCCUGAAGGUGCAGGUACUGAGGGUGUCAGUGCUACACCUGAGGAAACAGGCAGAGCGCCAGUAGAGCAACAGCAGAGAGUGUUUCCUUUUCCUACAGGAGCAGGCAAUGAUCAUCUUGUUUAUGAAAAUGAUGACCAAGGCCCAUCCAACCAGCAGAAUGACCCCACCAGAAAUUAUUGCAGUCCAAUAUCAGAAGUUCUGCCUGAUCCGCAAGGGACUCAACCCAUUCAAAGUGUCAGUGGGAUUUAUCCAAACUUGAACCAGUUUGAGAGGAUGGAAAGUCAGAGAAAAAAACAGGGAUUUCAUCGAGAACUCUUCAGCAGAUUACGGCAAGCAAGUCUCAGUCGGCAUUAUUACGGUAAUAUAUUCAUCUUUUCUUUCAUCAUUUCAAUGCUGUCAGGAAUUUCACUUAUUCAUUUCAUUAUACAGCUAACCAAAGUGAAAUCAGCCAGCAACAAGCCAUGUCAACUCAGGCAAAUCAUCGCAAAGGUCUGGGGAAGAAAAAAGCCAAAGAAAGUGAGUGCUGACUUCAUCUGUGGAGAACUUUCGGGAUGAAAUAAUACUGUGCUCAACCACUCUCCCAUUUCUCCGUUGUUUCCCUGUCAGAUGCUGAAUGCAAAAACCCGAUUUACAACAGGAGCACAGACCAGCUCAACCGCCUAUAGAGAGAGUAAAGGAGAGUUUAAACAGCUGAUACUGUCAGUAUCAACGUCCUUUCCAAUGACAGUUAUUGAUUUUUCAAUUUACAUAUUAUACCUGAUACAUAUAUUAUAUUUGCUUUCUGUAUAAUUG